UACAGGCAACGUAAGUGAGAAAUCAAAAAUCAUGGGUUGGGCCGUCGAUGGAAAAAUUGUUACUAAAGUGGAUUCCGGUAAUACAACGAUCAAUACUACCAACCGCUCCAUUAAUCGAAUUGACAACAGUGUGGAUUACGAGUCUCACGGACUUGACACAGAUUUGGAGCAUCUCCAAUAUUUGCAGCAAACAUUGAAUAAGCAGCGUCAAGCAACACAAGCACAAGGGAUGAAAAUACUUGAGAUGCAGAUGCAGAACAAGUAAAAAUGCUCUGAAAAUGCUAAACUCGGAUGGAAACAACGAUACGCUUCACAUAAAUUUUCCAUAAAUUUGAAAUAAACUUUGUUAAUA